CUGCAACUCAGGUACAGCCAGAGCUCUCACUAUUGGAUCCAUCUUUGUUGCUUUCAACCUACAGCUCCAAACAUUUCGACCCGAACGAGAGCGACCUGUUGUUAAUCCCCAGAUUCCUUGCCACGUCUCCGAGUCAUCGCUGAAAGUGUGGCUUGCCUAUUGACACGCCGCAUUUUACAUCCUCCUCACAUAAGAGACACAACUCUAUUCACGCCCUCACAAGAGGGCAUCAUCACUUUCGCGAUGGCGACACCAACAGCCGCAAAGCAUGCUUCACAGCAGGGCCGGACCCCCUCGCAACUCGCCGCAGCGACUCCUCCCGUAUCAACUCCCUUCUCCAAUCCUGCCCAUGUCGUCUUUUCGCCCAGGGGGCCACGAUCAUCCCCUCAACAAUUCAAGAAGUCACCGGCCGCAUCAACCUUGAUGGCGCACGCCUCCAACGCUCCUCUCAACUUCGAUAGCCCUUCCACAGCUGCCGCAAUGGGCGCCCUUGGAAUUCCUAGUGGGCUCGAUAUGGGUCUCGAUAAUGUCGGUGUUGGUGGCCUGGGCUCUUUGGGUGCUCUGGCGAGUGAGGAUGAUAAGUUGAAGCGGCUGGAAACGAUCAUAGCCACCUUGGAUCAGAAGAAGGGACUUGUGAGCGAGGCAGGACUGGAGCGCCUGGCGCAGCGAAUAGGACUUGACUGCCUUUCGGAGGAUCAUACAGCACCCGAUGGCCGAAAACAAAGAACUCUUGUGAUAGCAGGCUCAGCCAUUCAGCUGGAAAUCACCCUGCACAAUAAUAUUGUCGAGAAUAUAUCACUGGCCUUCCCUGAAUCUGCUCGCUCAGUCACCGACCAUGUCACCCGAGCAAGCGAGAUUCUCUUGAGGGACUUGCAACUUCUUCCAAACCAGAGUCCAUUGACAAAAACUCUUGACAAGUUCGCGGUCAAUCUCGAGCGACUAGCCGUCCUUGAUAAACUUAGCAUCAUCCCUGGUCUCGACUGUCAUGAGGCAUUGGCUGGUAUUUAUGUGAGCUUAGAAAGGCUUCACAAAUGGGAUGUUGCUCGGCUUCGUGAUGAACCCGGAAUGGGUGGCAAGCCGGACAGUGAACUGUCUACCAUGGCGAUGUGCACGCGACAUGGCUACCCCGUUAUGCAUUCAAAAGACCGAGUGGGCCUCGCGCUCCAGUACUGGAAGGCCCUUCGCCUCGUACAGCCAACCAACACUAAGAUGGCUUCAUUCACUUCUUCUCAUGAACCGGUCUGGUCUCUUCUCAUUGGGUGUGCUUCAACAGGAGGCAUGGGUCACAUGCCUGUUCGAGUCUCUGAGGACUGGAUCUCCAAGGAUGUGGUGAAGGCAGAGCCCUCGAUGGACCCUAAGCGUCCCAAUCUGGACUGGCAGGAACCCGAUAACGUCGUGCUUCCGCACUCAGAAGAAAACAAGGAUGCUAGCAUGGAGAUGCUCCAGCCAGAUCUCUCAACAGCCAGGGUGCCACAGGUUAUGUUCGUUGCCACCUUUGACCCUCCUGUCAUCCUGCCCCAGAACGACUGGCUCCGGUUGCACUCAUACGCCAACGUUAACGCAAACCCAUUGUUUGGGUACUCCCCAACUUUCGACAGCCUUUUCUUCCCUAUUCCCCCUGGAAGUGCUCAGGACCCUAGCGAGCUCCGGGCAAUCUCUCGCAGCCGUGAUGUCCGCAUCUACGACAAAGAUCAGAAAGCUAUCAUUAAGCCUCAUCAGAACACAUUGUAUAUCUAUAAGCAAAUAUAUUCACAAGUGGUGACUGAAAUUCCAUUCUCUCAUCCUCAGCAGCUUAUCGAAAUGCUCCCCCUGCUUCGACAGUAUGCUUUUGUCGCAACUUUGCUAGAGAACAGCUUUGGAUCACAGACGAACGAAGUUGAGAGAUUACCCAAGCAAGGAAACACCGCAGCGCCGGUGCCGAAAUCCAAUCUAACUACCAGAGAUGAGUUGGCGGAUUUUAUGAAAUCAACUUCUGUGACCGACGAGCAUCCCUCUGCUGUGCCGGAGGUCAAGCUUGACGUUACCCUGUGGGUUCAUCCGAUUCCACACCUUCAAGUUGUCUUCCCAUUCCGAAAUUCCACUGCCAAUAUUACCUUAAAGGUACUCGAGGAUGGAAUUGUGGAAGUCGUCGAGGAGAAUGUCAUUCCUCGUGGCGACGAUAGUAGAAUGAAGGACAAAGAACUUACGCGGGCAGAUUUGGGCAAGCUGCUAGAAUAUAUGGAGGAUCUCUGCAAAUGGGCAGAAUGGAUUCGGACAAGACUUGCAUGAGUCGUUGAGACUUGACAUGGAGGUUGGAAAGGAACUAGGAGUUGAACCAUACCCUCUAAGUGUCAUACGAAGUGGAUAGGCGGAGAAAACUGAACGACUUAUGCUACCAUGGCACGAACCAUACCUUUCCUCAUGACACGACAAAAAGCCCGACUUCAAUGUUGAUAAACAUAAUAGAUCUCAAAGCCUAGGCCUAGAUUUAGUCAUCAGCGAGGUAACCCCUCAGUCCCGCCAUUGCAUCACGCUGUGACUUCCCUUCCUCCUUAAUCUUCUUCACACGAAUUACGCUGUCGUCCAGAGUGCGUAUAGCACAGCUGCCAUCGCCUUGAUCCCAAAUCAGAGUCUCCAAGACAACCCCAGUGUCCUCAAGGAGGCGGACUUUUGCUCCAUGAUUCCCGAUAUCCUUUGAGGAUAUGGUCUCAGCAUCUUGGAAAAUUAAACGCUUUUUAUCUCCCUUCUUGUUGACAGCAUGAGUCCAUACAGACCCAAGAACUCGUACCCUUCGCACAAUGUCAUCCCCUGUCCACUUAGUCCAUUUUAUAUGUCCAUCAGCCUUUGUGACCUUGGGCGCGUGGACGAGCUGCUCGUCGCUCAGCUCUUCUGCUAUCCAUCCUGUAUUCUGGCGAGGCGGCACAUAGACUCCAUCUCGUAGACCUUGAAUUAACAUUUGCGCUCCAAUUGGUGCCAGGAGGCUUGUCAGUUCUUGGACGGUGCAGCCUGGAGGUAUCGAUAUUCCGGGACGGGAGGUUUGAGACAGUAUAGUUCCAUGAUCGAAGAUUCUGUGGUCUAGUGUUUGUAAUGAGAUUCCCGUGUAGUCAUAUCCUUUGAGAAUCGCAUGGUGGAUGGGAGCAGGCCCACGAAGACUACUUUUUGUUUAGGAUUCUGGCGGAACUAUGCGGCAUGAGACUUACUCAGGGAGCAGAGAAGGAUGCACGUUGAGUCCGCCGUAUUUGGCCGAAGUUAAGAUUCUGGGCGGGACGAAUAGUCCGAAGGACACUGCUAUCACAAGAUUUGUUCCUUCAGGGAGCUACUGCAUUUAGUCACUGAGUUCCCAGGAAGUGCUCAACGAGGAAGCACGUAAACUUACAUCCCAUCCUGUGAAGGUUUUGCGCUGGUGAAUAUUCAAUCUCAAAUUUUCUGCCAGCAACUUACAAGGUACUAAACCGAUAUAAGUUAAACGUCGUG